CUGCAGGCCACCCAAUCUCCGUCCCUACCGCGCAUCUGCACAGUGCCUUCCCCGGCAGUCGUGUGCUUACAAGACAAGAGUUAAUAUGAGCCUUGGAAGAGAAAGAGGAAAAAAAUCACUUCCUUCCCUCCUUAUUCAGUAUCUCCUUGCGACCACCCGACCCAUCCCUCCGUUCGAGGCCUGUCUAUUGCCGGCGAAUGAUCAAUGGAAGUGGUCGGCUUCGACAGCCAAUCUCCACCCCCACGUGGGUCCUCAUCUGCCAUGGACUCAUGGAAAUUGGCCGCCAUUAAACGCGCUCCACCCGCCCUUCCCAACACGGUAGGUUGGGCGGACUGGUUUUCUGGGUCACGAAAAACAAUGGGGAAGAAGAACGACCUGGCCCGGAGGGAUUCAUGUCCGCCAUCGAACUGUAUCCACUGUCCCACUACCUGUGAUCUCGCUCAAAAUGCGAUACCUAGGAUAUCGGUCCAGCAACACCAACCAAUUUGGUAUCGAGGCCACGCACUGAUUCCAGCAGAUGUCAAAUAUCGAUCAAAACCUUCCCUGUCGCCGUUGUACGUAACUCGGACACAUCCAGAUCACCAGACGGGUUUCGCCUCAAGGGGGAUUCGUGGCCUUUUGCCGCAGCAGGGAUGGAGUAACAAGCAACCACGAUGGCGCAUCGCGCACUCUGGUUCGGUCACAAGUCAUUGCAAUCCAGAUCUACGGGAACACAGCCCCAUGCCAAGGCUAACGGUCGCCAACCCCAUGUCUGCGAUAGCCACUCGAGCAUAUCACUCUCUCAACUAUCAAAUCAGUUGCAUUCCUGAUCGUCCCGUUACCUCCUCUGGAGUAAAUCUAUAGGUGACGGACACUAUUUACAACAGAUAAGCCCCGAUGCCCCGAUACCCCGCCU